AUGGUAGUAAUAGCUGCUUCUAUUUACCGUAUCAAGCUAAGGGAAAUAACCAAUAAUCUUGAAGUACAACAAUGUUAUAGUCAUAUCCCAUAUGACUCUUUCAACAUAGUUGUGGGGAUUCAUUUCGUUUCAUCUCUCAAUAGGGGAACAAUGUUAGGAAGUUUCAAUGAGUCCGUCACAUAUUGUCGGGACACCAUUUUGUCCAACAAAGAUGUGGAAGUAAUCAUCAAGGUGCCGGUUGAUAAUGUUGAUGAUGAGGCUGAUGAUGAUGAGGUUGAUGAAUCGAAUGACGACGAUGACGACGAUGAUGAGGUCGAUGAACCGAAUGACGACUACGAUGAUGAUGGUGAUGAUGAGGACAUGUUGAAUUUCAAGCCUGCUACAUGUUUGUCGGUUCAAGCUUUGAGAAGCUAUAAAUGGGGUGAUGAUGAAGAACAAGAUCGUCUACCUUUGAAGAAGAGGAGGAGAUUACGUGAGGGUUUGAGCUCAACGAACAAAGAAUGUGCUAUCUGUCUCGACGAGUUUUCGGAGGGUGAGAAGGUUGUCUCGAUGCCAUGCACACAUGUGUUCCACGAUGGUUGCAUCAUUAAGUGGUUGAAGACCAGUCACCUAUGCUCGUUGUGCCGAUUCCAGAUGCCAACUUGA